AGAACCAGGUCAUCAGGAGCUCCCUAAGGCCACAGUAGUCGCACACUUUCGCGACUAUCACCCAGAAAAGUUUUCAGGCCAAGGAGAUCCUCGUAUAGUGGACGAAUGGGUUCAGGGCCUUGAAAUGAUUUUCGAGUUGAUCCGCGGAAAGUACUAUCAUUUGUACUACCGAGAAGAUAUGAAGCGCCAGUUUUUGGCACUCAGACAGGGUACUCGUUCUGUCGACGAGUACGAAAGAGAGUUCACCCGUCUCAGAACCUUUGUACCUGAUCUUGUGGGUACGGAGGCAAAGAGAGCCCACCGUUUCACCGACGGACUUCACCCAGCAGUCCGCCACAACAUCGUAGGCCACGCCAUCCAGACCUACGCCCGCGCAGUUGCCAUUGCACAAGAAGUCGAUGCCAGUAUCCGACGUGAAGCCGUCCAGACACCAGCCCAGACAGUUGCUCAGCCAGCAGCCAAGCCCAAAGUUGCCCAACCAUCAACAAAAAAGAAUAAAAGGAAGUUCAAAGGAGGACCAGAUGAUCGCAGGAACCGCCAAAGACAGAAGACAAUACCAGAAUGCCUAACCUGCGGGAAACACCACCGUGGAGAAUGCCUCGUGGGGAAGAAUGUUUGUUUCUUUUGCCGCCAGCCAGGUCACUGUUGGUGUUAUAUACUUAAGCUUUGCUUUAGUGGAUAUUACACUUGUUAUUCCUUGAUUAAUGAGAAUUAUGUUUG